AUGUACCCUUACGCCAUCAUGGACGUCUGUGAAUGCAAUCUUGCACGAUUUCCCCAAGUUCAAGCGUUUGUUCAUGAAAAUAUGGCUGCAUCAUGGGGUGAUCAAGUGAGGAUUCGUCAUGUGAGAGGAGCUACACCUGAGAUUCAUUUAAUAGCUUUUUUCAAUAAUGCUGUCGUCAAGCAAGUUGACGUACCUACUCUGGCCGGAAUGGUGGGUGUUCUUGCUAACCACGUACCAACUAUCGGAGUAUUGAAGCCAGGCGUUGUAUCAGUAACCGAUAAUGAAGGUAAAGUGACCAAGCUUUUCGUCUCAUCGGGCACGAUGUCCAUGAAUAUCGAUGGCACCUGCCAAGUCUUAGCAGAAGAAGUUGUAAAGAUUGAAGACAUUGACCAAACUGCUGCACGAACAGAACUGGAAGCGGCUCAGCGUGCUGCCGUAGAGGGAAGCGAUUUAGCUAAAGCUGAAGCUGCGAUACGAGCUGAGGUGAAGCCUGUUGAUUUUUUUCAGUUUUUCCUUCAGUUUUUGAAAUUUCUUUAG